GCGCUGAUGUGACACUGCGAGUAUGAAAUAUUCACGUGACAAAACAAGGAAGUCAGAUGUGGAUGUUUGGGUGUCUGCUGUCUCUGAUGAAGUUUGUGUAUCACUCUAAAGUUAAAUGUGUAUAAAUACUUCAGUAGAGUUGUACAUGUGAGAGUCUGCAGGUCGGACAGGUUUGGGGAUUUAAUCCAGGAUGGCGUUGAACUGGUCCGAGAGGAUCUCUGUGUUCUCCUGCAGCCCGUCUCGCUUCCUCUGCGGGACUACAGCUGAGGCGUUCCUGGCAGAGCUGCUGAGGGAGCUCCGGGAUGACAGAGCCACUUAUAGUGUCAAGGUCCAACUCUUGUCCCCAUUAUGUGAGAACCCGACCCUCCUGUGUCCCUCACACACGACGGGUGAGGAGACAGCCCUGGAGCUCAUGUCAGUCUUCACUCAGUGUCCUUCAAAGUAUGUCCAGUUUCGUUGCCACCUCCUCCUGGCUCUUACGUCUGUGCUGGUCUGUACCUCCUGUGUGAAGAAACAGUCCCGUGCCUCUCAAGAUUUCCUGGACCUGCUGCUCCAGAUAGCCCAGGACACCAAUGACCUCCAAGGUGACGUUGCUCUUCGCUCUCUCCGGGCCACAGCCUGUGAUUGUCUGCGGGAGCUGGAGGCUUGCUCUCCGGGACUUCUCUCCGGUCACUUGGAGCUGUUAGCGGGGCUCCGGCUCAGAGAAGGCUCCCGGCUCCACCAGGCCUACGCAGGACUCCACACUCUGGUGUUAAGAAACGCUGUGUAUCAGCUCACCCAGGAAGCUGGAGCUGGUGCGGAGCAUCUUAAGGCUCUGCUCGGGGGAAACACAACAGUCGCAUGGGAAGCUGGGCAGGACUCAAGUCUGAUGAAAAACAAAGACUCAGCCUAUCUUUCCUCUCUCAUCCUGGGACCCAUGGGUACAGUUCCCACCCUCCAGACCGGGCCAGACUGUAAGGAGCUCCGUUCAGUUCUGUCCUCCCUCCUGGAGGAGUCAUACCUCCUAACUCCUCUGUGUCAGGCCUCACUGCUGUACAGACUGACGGAGGUGGUCACUAUGGUGCCUGGUGUUCCUCCGUCUGUCUUCAGAGCUCAGCUGCUGCGACUGCUCGGCACCAGCGAGGUUUGCCUCCUCCACGCCACGCUGCUGAUGAAGUGUGCAUUCACAGACAGCCUGUUCAGCGCAGAGGAUGAAGCGUUCCUCCUCAAGCGGCUGGUUGUGCUCUCCCAGCACCCCCUGCUGAGCACACCGGAGAAGCUCUUCUACAUGGAUUGUAUCCUGCACUUUCCCGAGAACCGGCCAAUCAACUGCAGCGACGGCGACGAGACCCUCCCUGUUCUGCUGACUCCUCGCCUCGCCUCGGCUCUCCUGCCCACCGUGUUUAACGACAGCGUAACCAUGCUGGCCCGCCUGAACCUGCUGUCUCUGGUCUACCUGGAGGAAGGAGAGGAAGGGGAGGGGGAGGAGAGCGGAGGGCUGGCCUACCUCUACGAACACCUCAGCUCGCUGCUGCACAUAGUGGAACACGGAGCCAGCCGAGACAUCGUCGCCACCUUCUUCAGAGCCACCUUCCUCUUCCUUUUCUACUUCAACCACCUGGAGCACUACGCUAACAGUCUGAUAGAGAACCUAUGUAAGCUCUACCUCCACCACACCCACCUGGCUCCACAACUGAUCAACCUGGCCGACCAGACCCAGGACAGGCUCCCUGAGUCUAACUGGGCUGUGGGGCUCCUGAAGGCUCUCCAGCGGGUCGUCACAGAGGCCCCACUUGCCCAACUCAACCUCCAGGACCUCAGCCAGCACCUGAAGAUGCUGGCUCGAGUGGCAGAAGAAGGAGAGAUCCUCCAACGCAGCACCCUCAGCUUCCUCUCUGGCGUCAUCACUCGAGCUCCGGCCUCUCUCUGCAUGAGCGGGGACUGGCGUCUGGGGAACAGUCUGCUGGGGAUUUGUCGCCGCCUCCUCCACCACCCCAGCCUGGACUCGCUGCUCAUCCCUCUGGCUGACAUCCUGCAGCAUCUCACCUGCAACUACGGGGACACAGAUAUCCAGGACCACGCCCGUCUCUACUACACCCUGCUGACCACGCUGUCCCGGGAGAAGCUGGUCAGCGUGUUGGCACAGGGUUUGAGCGAGGGGGGGCGCCAGGUCAAGAAGAGAACGCUGUCCUCCAUCAUGGCUGACAGCGAGGGACUGACAAGCACGUUAACCAUCCACCAGACGAAGGAAGGAAUAUUCAGGCUGGUGGAGGCCCAAGCUGAGCUACACAAAGAAACACACACUGAUGGUGAGCAGAGAGACAUGGAGGACUGUCCCAACGCAGCACUGGCGGCCUACAGAGCUCAGUUUGAAGAGCCCAGCUUUGCCUCAGACGUUAUCCUGAACUACCAGCUGACUCACAUGGAAACCAGCGACUCCCGCUUUGAUCAGCUCUUCAGCAUCCGCCUCCACUUCACCCUCACAGACGACCACUACGAAGAGCUGAGCGACAUCAGCGUCCCGUGUUUGUUCAGAGAGAGGCCGGCACCCAACGUGAGGCUGAGACUGAAGCCCAGGCGUCCUUACCCCACCAUCCUCCAGGCCAGUGCCAUCUUCACCUCGCAGGAUGGGCUCUCCUGGCUCACUGUGCUGCCAGACAUCCACGUGUCUUUCCAGCAGGCCUUCAAGCCUCCACCUGUCCCCUCGGCCUGGAGACGAGGCGACAAACUGAGCUUGUUCGAAGGCUUAUGGGAGGAAAUCAAAUCUGAGGAUGGAGAGAAGGACGAACGGACAAACUGUGCCAGCAGUCUGUUCUGCUGCCAGCUGGAGGAUGAAGCUCUGGCUGCCCUGGUGGAGAAACACUUCCUCUCCUUCCUCAUAUCAGAGCUUUCUGAGAAAGAGGAGUUCAAAGUGCUCUUCUUCCUCCCGCCACAGUCUCAUGUGCUGCUCAGAAUCCGGUCUGAGGAAGACGCCGUGCACUUUAACGUCGCCACAGACAACUGGCAGCUUCUGCCUCACUUAAGUUCUUAUCUACUGAGGAUCACAACCUCACGAGACAUUCAGAGCUGAAGCAUGUCACCGUAAUGUUUUUAAUCAGCUGACUUUUAACUAAAUCAACUUAUCUUUGUCAGCAUUUAAUAACUUUAACUGUAUUCAGAAUCAAAUGACUGAGUACACGUGAUUUAAAAUAAAGUUAUCGCACUUUAAUCUGCUGCCAAUUUAAUUAAACAGUUGUUUCAA